AUGAAGAUCAUCGGACCCGAGGAACCAGGUUUAUCACAUUUGGCCGCACAAUAUUUCAUAUACGCUGAAAGGCUCGAAUGCUCCACAGGUCCUGCACAUAUCGGCCUUACCGAACUUUUCUUUGAGCUUGCUCAUAGCCUCCUGCUCAAAGACCCACGGGAGCAGGAGCGAUACGGGUCUGUUGGAUCGAUCCUGAGGGUCAUCAUACCAUACGGCUUGGUGCAUUACUCAACGUCCAAGAUCAGCUCUUCAAUAUUCGACGUGAACAAAUUAUAUUGCGCUCACCCUGUGCUGGAUUCGGACCACAGUACAGAGCGCACCUUUCUACUGCGGGAGUGCUUGCCGUCCAUAAUAUUGAUAAACCCCGCAAAGCCUGCAGACAAAUUGUUCGCAGCGUUAUUCGCGAAAGGUGCGAAUCCCAAUCUUAAGAAGGAUGAAUUGACGAUCUGGGAGGAAUAUCUGCAGGAGGCGUACGCAUUGGUUAAGAGGGACGGUCCUGCGCGCCUCCGUGGAGGACCCUGGACCCGCAUAACAGGUUUGUUCAUCGAGAAUGGGGCGUGGUCCACUGGGAGAGAUCCUCGGCAUCCGCCACAAUGGCAGGAGAGGGCUGCUGCAGGAAAGAAGUACCGGUUCAACGUUGCGCCCCAGGACCUGGCAGAUGCAGUCGAACACAUUUUUGCAGCGGCCGAGGGAAGAGAGUUGGCCGAAGCUCUGCGGGCCCGGAGUAGCAUGACUGGGAGGCUCAAGAAGUUCUUCGUAUCGUGA